AUGAACCGCUACACAACCAUGAGACAGUUGGGGGAUGGCACCUACGGGAGUGUGCUUAUGGGCAAGAGUAACGAGUCUGGGGAGCUGGUGGCCAUCAAAAGGAUGAAGAGAAAGUUCUAUUCUUGGGACGAAUGUAUGAACUUGAGAGAAGUUAAGUCUCUGAAGAAACUUAAUCAUGCCAAUGUGAUUAAACUGAAAGAAGUUAUCAGAGAAAAUGACCAUCUUUAUUUUAUAUUUGAAUAUAUGAAAGAAAACCUCUAUCAAUUAAUGAAAGACAGAAACAAGUUGUUCCCUGAGUCAGUCAUCAGAAAUAUUAUGUAUCAAAUAUUGCAAGGGCUGGCGUUUAUUCAUAAACAUGGCUUUUUUCAUAGGGAUAUGAAACCAGAAAACUUGCUUUGUAUGGGUCCAGAACUUGUGAAAAUUGCUGAUUUUGGGCUUGCAAGAGAAUUAAGGUCACAGCCACCAUAUACUGAUUAUGUAUCUACAAGAUGGUAUCGUGCUCCUGAAGUUUUACUAAGAUCCUCAGUUUAUAGCUCUCCCAUUGAUGUGUGGGCUGUCGGAAGUAUAAUGGCUGAACUGUACACGUUAAGACCACUUUUCCCAGGGACAAGUGAGGUUGAUGAGAUCUUUAAAAUUUGCCAAGUUUUAGGGACUCCCAAAAAAAGCGACUGGCCAGAAGGAUACCAGCUUGCAUCCUCUAUGAAUUUCCGCUUUCCCCAGUGUGUUCCUAUAAACUUGAAAACUCUUAUUCCCAAUGCCAGUAAUGAAGCUAUUCAGCUUAUGACUGAAAUGUUGAAUUGGGAUCCAAAGAAACGACCAACAGCAAGCCAGGCACUGAAACACCCAUAUUUUCAAGUUGGUCAGGUAUUAGGCCCUUCCAUGCAUCAUUUGGAAUCGAAACAGCCUUUAACUAAACAGCUACAACCAUUAGAACCGAAGCCAUCUUUAGUUGAACUAGAACCUAGGCCUCUGCCAGACAUAACUGAUCAGACUGUCGGACAGCCCCAGCCAAAAACCAGCCACCAACCGCUGCAGCCCAUUCAGCCACCACAGAACGUGAGUGUCCAGCAACCUUCAAAGCAACAGAGUCAACAGAAACCACCACAAACACUAUUUCCAAGUAUCGUCAAAAACAUGCCAACUAAGCCAAAUGGCACACUGGGUCAUAAAAGUGCUAGGAGGCGUUGGGGUCAGACAGUCUUCAAGUCUGGAGAUAGUUGGGAAGAGUCUGAGGACUGUGAUUUCGGAGCCUCCCAUUCCAAGAAGCCAAGCAUGGGUGUUUUCAAAGAAAAGAGGAAAAAAGAUUCUCCAUUUUGGACUCCAGAGUCAGUACCCUCAGGCGCCAACCAUUCAGCAGAGAACACGAGCUUACCUGCGGCUGUGCCCCUAAAAUCUGAUUCUGAAUUGUCAACUGCUUCAACAGCUAAACAGUACUAUUUGAAACAAUCAAGAUACCUUCCAGGUGUAAGUCCCAAGAACGUGUCCUUGAUAGCCAGUGGAAAGGGUAGGGACCCAUACACGUGGGGUCAUCGGUUGUAUCCUAAGGCACUGGGACCCACUGGGGCAGACCUUGCUUUCACAAGGAGUAACACAGAAGAAAGCAUAAUUAAACCAAUUGAAAAACUAUCAUGCAAUGAAAGUUUUCCUGAAAAAUUAGAGGACCCACAAGGAAAUCUUGGAAGCUAUUCUACUUACAAUCAGUCAGGAUAUAUUCCUUCCUUUCUCAAAAAAGAAGUGGGGUCAGCUGGCCAGAGGAUCCACUUAGCGCCUCUCGGUGCAACAGCUUCAGAAUAUACCUGGAAAACAAAAACUGGUCGGGGGCAGUUUUCUACUUACAAUCCUACAGCAAAAAAUCUAAAUAUCAUGAACCGCACACAGCCAGUUCCCUCAGUGCAUGGGAGGACAGACUGGGUGGCUAAGUACGGAGGCCACCGGUAA